GCAUGUUGCUAUAGUGCAGUAUAGAUAGGCUGCAUAGAAACAUUAAUUUAGCAGCAAUGGUUGCAAGAAGCCUCCUCUUCGUCUUCCUCCUUGCUCAUUAUUUAGGUCAUAGCUAUGCAGCAACACCAAGUCAUUAUUCCAGACCUCCAUUCAACAGAAGUAGUUUCCCAGAUGACUUUCUUUUUGGAGCAGCUACUGCUGCUUAUCAGAUUGAGGGAGGAGCUUAUGAAGGAGGGAAGGGACCUAGUAUAUGGGACAAUUUUACUCACACGCAUCCAGAGAAAAUAUGGGAUCAUUCCAAUGGAGAUGUAGCUAUCGAUUUUUAUCACCGCUAUAAGGAAGACAUCCGUCUAGUCAAGAAUAUGGGCAUGGACGCUUUUAGAUUUUCCCUCGCGUGGACCAGAAUUGUACCAACUGGGAAGAUAAGCGAAGGCGUGAAUCAAGAAGGUAUCAAGUUCUACAAUAACGUGAUUAAUGAAGUUAUCGCACUGGGAUUAAAACCCUUUGUCACACUUUUUCAUUGGGAUACUCCCCAAGGUCUUGAAGAUGAAUAUAAAGGAUGGCUACAUCCCCACAUUGUGGAGGAUUAUAAAGACUACGUAGACAUCUGCUUCAAAGAAUUUGGCGAUCGAGUGAAGCAUUGGAUUACCUUGAAUGAGCCAAUAUCUUUUAGCAUGUAUGCAUAUACAACAGGGACAUAUGCACCUGGUCGAUGCUCGGUUUAUGCAGGAAAUUGCACAAAUGGAAAUUCUGGAAAAGAGCCUUAUAUUGUAGCACACCACUUACUUCUUGCUCAUGCUACUGCAGCUAAAUUGUACAAGGAAAACUAUCAGAAGUCUCAAAAAGGACAGAUUGGAGUCACCUAUGCAACUCAUUGGUUUUUGCCAAAGAUUAAGACACCAGAAGGCCUCAAGGCCCCAUAUAGGGCCCUUGAUUUCAUGUUAGGGUGGUUUUUGCAUCCAAUUACAUACGGAAAUUACCCACCAAGCAUGAGAACAAUAAUUGGGAAUCGACUACCAACAUUCACAGCAGCUCAAUCCAAGAUGCUAAUUGAGUCAAUUGACUUCUUAGGGAUGAACUACUAUACUUCCAAUUACGCAUCCCCUGCACUAACCUUCAACAGGGUUAACCUCAGCUACAUGUCAGACAAUCACCUCAUUCUUUCAACUGACAUCGACGGAGUCCCUAUUGGUCAACCGACGGGGUUGAAUUGGCUUUUCAUAUGUCCAAAAGGAAUUCGGAGCCUUGUGCUUUACAUAAAAGAAAAGUACAAGAAUCCUCCCAUUUUCAUCACUGAAAAUGGCUUGGCGGAGUCAAGAAAUGAUUCAAUUCCUCGUGAAGUAGCCCUAAAGGAUGUGAUACGGAUAAAGUAUCAUGAAAGCCAUCUAUGGUAUCUCCAAAAGGCAAUCAAGGAAGGAGCAAAUGUAAAGGGAUAUUUUGCUUGGUCUUUCAUUGAUGAUUAUGAAUGGGAUGCUGGCUUCACUCUCAGAUUUGGCCUCAACUAUGUGGAUUACAAAGAAGGAAUGAAGCGAUUUCCUAAGCUUUCUGCUCUUUGGUUUAAGAAAUUUCUUCGAAAACCAUCUAAAUAGGCGCGGCCAAUCUUGUUUAUGUGUUAGUAGGCUUAGUUUUAAUGCUGGUCACAUAAUUAUGUAUGCAUAUGCAAUAAUCUAUGUGUCUAUGCAUACACAAUUACCUAUGUACCCCAAGAAGAAUAAUAAUCUGAUUUUCAGAAAUUUUGAUUUUUGAGGUAUAAAAUGUGUUCAUUUUUAUGGUUA